AGUAGAAGGUUUACAAGGAUCGGUUGACGUUAUGUGUUCUAGCCAGUGGGUGGCUUGCGCAGUUUCAUUUAGUUUUGUUUAGUUUUAUUAGUUGUACUUGUCCUGCCAGUGGGUGGCCUGUGUGCAGCCAGUGGGUAGCAUACGCAGGUUCUUUCGUUGUUCUUAUUUUUCCCGUUCUCGACCGCUCGGUUUGGGCGGCGCUUGGCUUGAAGCGUGCCGCACCCAAGGUUUGUGUGUUUUCUUGUUGGGACAAACUGAGAUUUAGAGGAGAGUAGUAUUUUCCUGCGUUUGACUUGGUAAUUAGCAGGAAAAUACGCUCUCAUCGGUAUCUUAUGUUAGUUUAGGCGUGUGCGCUGGUAUCUGGGUAAUUAGUAGGGGCAUAUACUUGGGCGUGCUGGUUUUGUCUUUCAUCUCGGUCUUGCUGUUCCAGCGUUCGGGUCAUUUUUGUUUGUUUUUAAUUUUUUAGUGGGUUUGUGUGUUCUUUUUGCUUUUAUUUUGCAGAUGUUUUCAGCUCUACUAUGUGGUCGGAUCUUCAGGCUGCGGAUCCAGUGUUUUUCAAUCCCUUGCAAGUUCUCUUCCGGAUGUUGCGUUGGCUAACAGAGCACUCAGUACUUCCUCCAAGUAUUUUUCCUCUUACAACAGAUGGAGGUCUUGGGCACGAGAACAUGGCUUGACAGUUUUUCCCGCUUCUCCGUUUCACUUUGCUAUAUAUUUGCGUCAUUUAAUGACUGAGGCGAAGACAGCAUCUCCCCUGGAGUUAGCAGUUCACAGCAUUGCCUGGUUUCAACAGCUGAGUGGCGAGCCGUCUCCUUCUGAUCAUCCGUAG